AUGAGUCCGGGGGGAGAGGAGGACCACACUCUGGGUUUGGAGAUUGGACCAGUGCGGACUGUGAAGAGAUACCCUUGUUCUGCUUGCCAGAAGAUUUGCAAGACACCAGAAGAUCUUGUCCGACACCAGGCCAUUCACCAAAGCCCAAUAAUUGUUUGUCGGAUUUGUGAAAAUCAGGCCUUUCCUACACCACAAACCCUGAAGGAUCAUUUGAUCCAGAAUCAUGCCACAGAAUUUACUCACUUCUGUUUUCAGUGUGGUAAGGGCUUCAAGUCUGAUGCAGGCAUCAAGGACCAUCAAAAGGUAUACCACGUGACCUCGUUGGAAUGCCCAGUGUGUGAGGUAUGUGGCAAGGCAUUUGCCCUACGGAACCGUCUAGUGGUACACAUGAGAAGCCAUUCCCAUCAGCGUCCAUUUAUCUGCCCUCACUGUGGCAAGGCCUACAAACAUAAACAUGGAUUAAAGACCCACAUCCAGACAAGUUGUCUCCCCUCUAUGGGUGCUUCUUACAAUCCAAGUGAUCCCCAUUGA